AAAUACACAUUUUUAAAUAAAUGGCUAUUAAAGUGUAUGGUUUCAAGUUUAGCUCAUUUUGUCGGUCGGUGUUAAUGACUGCCAAACAUUUAAAUAUCAAGGUCGAACUGGUAGUAACUGAUCCUGGUCAGAAUCAACAGUUUACAUCGGAAUUUCUGGCGCUAAACCCGGCUCACAGUCUGCCCACCAUUGAUGACAACGGGUUUAUACUAUGGGAGAGUCGGGCGAUAAUGGCCUACCUGUGCAACGAGUACGGAGGCGCUGACUGUCCCUUAUAUCCCAGAGACCCGCAAAAGCGGGCGCUUAUCGACCGGUGGCUCAACUUUGACGCCACGCUAAUGGAGUCAUCGAAAGCGGGUUUUAAACAGAAACUAUACACAGGGGUCGACCCACCGGCCGAUAAGGUGCUGGCAUUCAAGGGUCACCUAAAACUGAUGGACCAAUUGAUCGCUAAUAACCGAUACCUGACUGGUGCUAAUCACGUGACUAUAGCCGACCUGUCCCUGGUGUCCAAUUUGGGAAACUUAGUCAAUGCUGAUAAGGACAGGACGGGUAUAGAUAUGGCUGAAUAUCCUAACAUCGGGCGCUGGUAUUCGGGGUUGACUCAAGAGUUACCCUAUUUUCAGGAGAUUAAUGCCAUACCACAGGAGGAACGUAAGACAUGGGUGGCUAAUAGUAUGGGGUAUCUGAGCAAAAGGUGCAAGUGA